CAUCUUCAUUAAGAAAAUAUUAAAAUCAUCUGAGUUUUCAAAAUGGCUAGAGUAAUGAUCCUUGGAGCCAUUUCUUUAGCCAUACUUUUCAUGGCAAUCACUGUUUCUAGCUCCCGUAGCAUCACCAUCACUGUUUCUGAAGAGGUUGAGAACCAGCAGUCCCGUCGCUGCCAGCAACAAAUUCAACAGGCACAGCAGCUACGUUCUUGCCAGCAGUAUCUGAGGCAGAGAAGCCAAUCUUCUGAGGAAGAAGAGGCAGACCAAAGCCGCGGCGACAUACAACGUUGCUGUCAGCAGCUGCAACAGAUCCAAGAUCCACAAUGCCGUUGCGAGGGACUAAGGCAAGUGGUGCAACAGGAGCAACAGAGAGGAGAAUUGCAGGGAAGAGAAAGGCAAGAAAUGCUUCAGACAGCUCAGAAUCUCCCUGGUUUAUGCCGCGUUAGCCCUCAGCGAUGUGAAAUCCAAACCCGCAGCUGGUUUUAAGUAGAGGGUAAUGUCUAUGGCAUAUUGCAAAUAUGCAAUAGCCUUAGCUUGCUUGUAAUAAAGGAGCAAGUUUGUUGUAAACUUGUAGUAAUAAAAUAAUCGCACCUUUUGGUGUGUGUUUUGCAUGCAUUACAGAGUGUGUGUCUGUGUUUUCCUUAUCAAUUACGUAGAAUGUUUCUGGUUUUUUC